AUGCGCACCAGUUGCCGCCGAUUGACCGGCGGCAGUUCCCUUUUAUGCGCCGCCGUAAAGGACCGAGCGGAUCCGUCUCUACGUACGUACGUACGUGCGUGGAUCCGUGGCAAAGAGAGCGGACGGGGAAAGGCCGAGCGGGCGCGGGCGGGGUAUGUUAAUUGGAUUACCGUUCGGAGAUCUCGCGGGAGGGGCGAGUGUGGGGGGGAGGGGCCACAGAUAGGAUUCGGCCAAUUUGUUAGGUCGCCGAUAUACGGAAGUCCGACGUGGAAUCGCUUUCGGCAAUCGGUCGCAGACACGCUCCUUGAGAUACACCCGGCAACGUUACGGGUCCGCGGGCAAGUGCCUCCCCGCUUUUGCUUU